AACAAUUGAGGGGGACGGAGGGAGUAGAAAAAUAGACCACUACACAUACCUCCAUAACUCCAUUAUUAGUUAAGUAGGCAGUAGACUGGUAGUUGGCAUUUGAUGCUCAAUUGCUUCUGAAAGCGAGAUGGAUUCGACAAGUAGAAUCGUAACAAAUUAGUAACCGUCCAGAAUUCAUGCAAUAAAAACGAGCAGAAUUUAGGAUGGAAACGUAAUGAAGAUAUUUUAAAGGUUGACAAGGCUGCUCUCACCGCUGCCGCCAUGGACUCGCCGCUACUACCAGUCCCCGACGAUAUCGUGGAUGGCGUCGUUGACUACAGGAACCGUCCAGCUCUCCGAUCUAAAUCCGGCCGAUGGAAAUCAGCUUCCUUCAUCAUAGGAGUUGAAGUUGCGGAGAGAUUCGCAUAUUACGGAAUCAGCACAAAUUUAAUUACAUUUCUUACUGGUCCAUUGGCUCAAUCCACGGCCACUGCCGCAGCUAAUGUUAACGCUUGGUAUGGAACAGCCUCGCUUUUGCCUCUGUUAGGUGCUUUUAUUGCUGAUUCUUUCUUGGGACGCUACCGCACUAUUAUCAUUUCUUCCCUUAUUUACAUUCUGGGGCUUGGACUGCUGACACUUUCGGCUGUUUUUACUUCUUCCACUUCUGCGGUCUCUCCUCCACCGCUCGAAAUUAUAUUCUUCUUUUUCUCCUUAUAUCUGGUAGCAGUAGCACAAGGAGGACACAAACCUUGUGUUCAGGCUUUUGGUGCCGACCAGUUUGACGUUGAUCAUCCGGAGGAGUGCAAAGCUAAAAGCUCCUUCUUUAAUUGGUGGUACUGCUGCAUAUGUGCUGGUAGUGUGGUGACUCUCGCAAUCUUAGCGUAUAUACAGGACAAUCUUGGUUGGGUACUCGGAUUUGGGAUUCCUUGUAUUGCCAUGGGAAUCGCUCUUGUCCUCUACUUGCUUGGGACAGUGACCUAUCGAUAUACUGUCAGUGACAAUGAGAAAAGCCCUUUCGUUAGAAUUGGUCAAGUGUUUGUCAAGGCAACUAGGAAUUGGCGAAUUUCCCCUUCAGAAUUGUCCAUCGAUGAGGAAGCCCGGGGAACUUUACCUCAUCAGAGUUUUCAACAAUUCAAUUUUCUCAACAAAGCGUUGCUGUCACCCGAUGGUGUAAAGGACGAAGCGCACAUAUGCAGCAUGACUGAAGUUGAAGAAGCAAAAUCAGUUCUCAGGCUGGUUCCUAUAUGGGCAUCGUGUUUGGUAUAUGCCAUUGUGUUUGCACAAUCACCUACUUUCUUCACCAAGCAGGGAGUGACCUUAAACAGGUCUGUCGGGUCAAGCUUUGAGAUUCCACCCGCUGCUUUGCAAUCUUUUAUCACCCUUUCUAUUGUGAUCAUUAUUCCCAUCUAUGACCGUGUUCUUGUUCCUUGUGCACGAGCUGUAACCGGGAAACCCUCUGGCAUAACAAUGCUUCAAAGAAUUGGGGUUGGUAUAGCCUUCUCCAUCAUUUCUAUGGUAAUUGCAGCUCUGGUAGAGAUGAAAAGACUCCAAACUGCUCGUGACUACGGGCUGGUUGAUAAACCCGAUGUUACCAUUCCAAUGUCCAUCUAUUGGCUGGUUCCACAGUACGUGCUAUUUGGAAUUGCUGAUGUAUUCACUAUGGUUGGUCUGCAAGAAUUCUUUUAUGAUCAAGUUCCAAAUGAACUAAAAAGUAUUGGUCUUUCUCUGUACCUCAGCAUCUUUGGUGUUGGGAGCUUCCUUAGCAGCUUUCUUAUUUCCAUUAUCGAGAAAACAACUGGUUCUGAUGGUCAGGACAGUUGGUUCUCAGACAACUUAAAUCGAGGACAUCUGGAUUACUUUUAUUGGUUACUCGGGGGCCUUAGUACAAUCUCAGCUGUAUUGUACUUAUACUCUGCAAGAACAUAUGUUUACAAACAGAGGCAUACUUUCUGAGUCUACGGAGAUGACUGUUGUUGUUAGCAUAAUACAACUAUAUAAGCUAGUACCAUAGCAAUGAAAGUUUCUUUGUAAACGACUGCAUUUGUAUACACGAGCUUUCGUUAAACGGCUUGUAAUGCUCCAGUUGGUUAAGUAUCAUCUGAAAUACUACAGUUCAGUUAUCGGAACAGAGAGCAGGCUUCCCCUCCAGCAGGAACAGGAAACGUAACACAGGGUUUAAGAAAUUUUAUGGUGUUUCAGAAUAGAGCCAACAACAAGAUUGAAUAGCACUAUAGGCUAUAGCUGGUAUGAAUCUGAGGAUUGUAAAUUUGUAACGCAGCACAAGUUGAAGGAAAGAGAUGUCAUGUUUUAACUUGAUCGCUCAA